GACACAAAACAUAACCUCAAAAUACAUCUGUUUAUUAAUUUACUUAUAUCAUCCAUAAAAAUAUGUCGAUGCCAAGAUCUUUGCCACAAAGCAAGGAAGCUUUAUUAAAAUCGUACCGAACCAGAUUGAAAGACGACGUUAAAAGUAUGCUCGAAAAUUUUGAAGAAAUUGUAAAAUUAGCAAAAGGAGAACACGAUACUCAAUUAUCAAGGAUGACUCAGUGUGAACAAGAUACAUAUGAAAUGCAUGUGAGAGCAUCUAAUAUUGUUCGAGCAGGUGAAUCUCUUAUGAAACUAGUGUCUGAUAUCAAGCAGUACCUGAUUUUGAACGACUUUCCCUCCGUUAACGAAGCCAUCACACAAAAUUCCAAACUAUUUAGAACAAAACAAACAGAAUGUGAUCAAAAACUAAUGUCUCUGAGAGAUGAUAUGGCUGCAGAUUUAUAUGAUUUAGAAGAAGAGUAUUAUAGUAGUCUUAAUAAAUAGUUUAUAAGAAAGCUUAGUUGAGUAAUUAAAUAAAACUUUUAUAAAGUAA